AUGCUCGUCAAGGUUCUCGUUGGUCUGAUGGCCACGGCCACAGUCGCCAUCGCGCAAGAGACAGUCUCCACAUACAGUGCCUCAUCAGUGGAUGCCACUACCACAGCAUCGCAGGCCAUGCCUCCGAUCGCAACCGCAGCCUUCAAUCCUGCCCCAAUUAAUGACUCGGUCAGAUUUGAUUGGUGCAAAGCCCAGCUCGACACCUGCCCUCAGAUCUGCGGUGGUGCUGCAGCCCAAAACUAUUGUUAUGAGACCAACUUGACCUACUCUUGUGUCUGCCCGAACGGCACCGCGCCCGACGUCACCUCGUUCGCUUUCACGCUCCCAUUCUACAUCUGCCAGCAGACUUACAUCCAAUGUAUCAACAACAACCCGGAUGAUGCUCAAGCACAAGCCAACUGCACAGCCAACGAGCAGUGUGGUGAACGCAAUGCCACAGCCGAAGCUCUAUCUCAGACUGCAGCAAGUCAAUCUGCCACUGCGUCCCAGACUUCCAGCUCGGCGUCUGAGUCAGGCUCUGCUACAGCAGCCAGCAGCUCUGCAUCGGCUUCGGCUAGUGGCUCUUCGGGUGCAGCUGUUGCCAACGUCCACGAGUUGUCGACUGGUCUGUUUGCCGUACUGCUUGGUGUGGCUUUCAAGCUGUUCGUCUGA